ACUGGCAACCAGGUGGAAAGUUAUAGGCGAAAACUGUGGAGUGGUCUGUGCGCGGAAGCAGCCGGAACUCGGCAACAAUUGGAUUCCGAUGUGGCCCCGCCAUUGGUCGCCAUUGGCGGUCUAGGUGGUCAAGAUGCCCCUCAAUUUGAGUCAUCUGUGAGUGGCAGGAUCGGUUUAUGGUCGGGGUUUUGGGCAGUAACAAAAUCCAAAAACGCAGAUACUUUGGUUACAAGCUGUCCCGGGGCUGCACCACGCCAAUUCGUUCCAGCGCGACUUGAUAUCCGACAGUCGGCAACGAGAUGCCGACCAUCAACGUCGACAAGUAUGCCCUGUUCGAGGAGCUCGGCGAACAGUUCACCGAGGAGAGCUUCCAACAACUAUGCUUUGAGUUCGGCAUCGAGCUCGACAAGGACACUGAAAACGACCCGUCGCGGCCCAAAGACCAGGCCCCGGAGCUGGCCAUCGAGAUACCCGCCAAUCGCUAUGACAUGCUGUGCUUCGAGGGCAUUGCAAUGCACCUGAAUAUCUUCCGGGGCAAGCAUGCGACACCGAACUGGAGACUGGUCGACAUUCCGGAGGACAAGAUGCAGACCCUCACUAUCACAGAAGACACCGCGCAGGUUCGGCCUUAUGCUGCCGGCGCAAUCCUCCGCAAUAUCAAGUUCACCUCCGCUUCCUACGAGUCCUUCAUCAGCCUCCAGGACAAGCUCCACCAGAACCUUGCCAGGCAGCGUACUCUGGUUGCGAUUGGAACCCACGACCUCGAUACCAUUAAGGGGCCCUUCACAUAUGAGGCCCUGCCUCCAAAAGAAAUCAACUUCGUUCCGCUUAACCAGACUAAGCAGAUCAACGGCGGGGAGCUGAUGGGUUUCUACGAAACGGACAGGCAUCUGGGGAGAUAUUUGCACAUUCUGCGUGACAAACCCCUUUACCCGGUGAUUCUCGACGCCGAAAGGAACGUUUGCUCGCUACCCCCUAUCAUCAACAGCGAGCGCUCCAAGAUUACGCUUGAGACAAAGAACGUCUUCAUCGACAUGACGGCGACAGACCAGACCAAGCUAGACAUUGUCUGCAACAUCAUGGUCGCCAUGUUCUCCAAGUACUGCGCCGAGCCUUUCACCGUCGAGCCGGUCAAGGUCAUUUCGGAGCACAACAGCACGACUCGAGUCACUCCCAACUUGGCCACGCGGACCAUGGAUGUUGAGGUUGAUUACUUGAACCAGGUCUGCGGCCUCACGGAAUCCCCCGAGUCGAUCUGCAAGCUCCUGAGCAAAAUGGCAUAUACCGCCCAGCCCUCGGAGAACCCGAAACUCAUCAAAGUUACGGUCCCGCCAACAAGAGCUGAUGUUCUGCAUCCGUGUGACGUGAUGGAGGAUCUUGCGAUCGCGUACGGCUUCAAUGACCUUCCACGCUCAUCGCCAAACAGAUCAGUCACGAUUGGCAAGCCGCUGAUGAUCAACAAGCUCAGCGACAUUGUGCGCCACGAAUGCGCCAUGGCGGGUUGGGCUGAGGUCAUGCCACUGGUUCUCUGCUCGCGGGAGGAGAACUUUGACUGGUUGAACCGCAAGGACGACAGCAAGACGGCGGUCAAGCUUGCCAACCCGAAGACGGUUGAGUACCAAGUCGUGCGGACAUCACUGCUCCCUGGUCUUCUCAAGACGUUGAGUGAGAAUAAGGCGAUGCGCCUUCCCCUGAUGAUCUUUGAAGCCUCCGAUGUCGUCUUCAAGGACGAGUCGGUCGAGCGCCGAGCGAGGAACGAACGUCACUGGGCCGCUGCAUACUAUGGCAAGAACAGCGGUUUUGAGGUUGUUCACGGUCUCUUGGACCGCGUUAUGACGAUGCUGCGCGUUGCCUUUGUCACGCACGAGGAGGGACUCUCGGGGAAGAGCAUCGACUUUAAGGUCACGGAGAACCCAAGUCAACAGGACGGCUACUUCAUCAAGGAGAUUGACGAGCCCACCUUCUUCAACGGGCGUGCUGCUGCCAUCUACGUGCGGCUGGGAGGCAAGCUGCAGCGGAUUGGUGAGCUCGGUGUCUUGCAUCCUACUGUGCUGGAAAAGUUUGAUCUGAGGUAAGCCCGCGUCACUUCGAAACCUCCAGCUCCAGAGUCUGUCCGUAUUAAUCAUUCCAGGUACCCGGUGAGCACACUGGAGAUUAACCUCGAGGUCUUCUUAUGAUGAACGCGCUUGGAGCCGUAGAUGUCUAGAUCCGAUUGGAAGACGGCGUUCUGACGAAUAGAGCUG